AGCUCGACGCGCAAGCGCACGCCAGCGUCGCGCUCACGUGCCAUAUAGGCCACCAGUGCCACGUAUCGCAGCAGUCCGCUGGUACGCGUGGUUCCGCCGAGCUAUUUCGUUUCGCAUUGGUUAGAACAGCACUGUACACAAGGCAAGCGCAGGACGCCAUCGCAGCGAUGGCCACGAAGCGCCCGCGCGCCGAGGAAGAAAAGGUCUGGGACGCCUUCCAGAACUGCUGGACGAUAAAUGGCGAGCCCGUCGACGAUGCCAACGAGAGCGACGGCGAGGAGUUUGUCUCCCUCAAAGAACGACGCGCGUUAAAGGAGGAGCGCCUCCGUAAACAAAGGAAGCGGCCCGCUGCGGAAGAAGAAGAGGCACCAGAACCAGCACCGGCGCCGGAACCGCAGCAGCAGCGCGCGUUGGUCGACGAGGCCGAAGAUUUAAGAAGACAGCAACAAGGCAUGGACAAGGAGAAGACGAAGCGCGCGGAAGAGGAGGCGCGCAUGCUGAGGGAAGCAGCUAGAGUGGGCACGAACGCGCUGAAGAGCGCCCGAGAAAUUGCGGACGACACGCAGUUCGGCCGCUCGUUACCGACGGACUGGCGGCCUCUCGAUAAACCGCUGGACGACGAACAAGCUGCGGCCUUGCGGAAGAAGUGGUGCAUUUUAUGCGAUGGGAAUCAAGUGCCGCCUCCAAUCAAGUCGUUCGAGGGCAUGGGCCUACCUCGCGAUUUGUUGAGUGCGCUCCGCGAGAAGAACAUCCGAAGGCCGACGCCCAUCCAGGUGCAAGGGUUACCCGUCGCUCUGUCGGGCCGGGACAUGAUCGGCAUCGCGUUUACUGGGUCUGGGAAAACCGUUGCAUUCUCGAUACCUCUGAUAAUAAGGUCGCUGGAGCGGGAGCGGAAACGGCCCCUACGGUCGGGAGAAGGGCCCGUUGGGGUUGUGUUGUGUCCGUCUCGGGAGUUGGCCCGACAGACCCAUGAGGUCGUGUCAUUUUUCAUGGACCGACUCGAUCGAACGCCUCUCAGAAGCACGUGCGCCAUUGGUGGGGAGCCGAAGCAGCAGCAGCUGGAUGUUGUGCGACGACGAGGUGUGCAUGCCGUCGUGGCCACUCCUGGAAGGUUUCGAGAUUUUCUGGAUAGUAGAGCGAUAAACCUCCAGAGUUGUGUGUACAUGUGCCUCGACGAGGGCGAUCGGAUGUUGGAUCUAGGAUUUGAUGAAGAGGUCCACCGCAUCAUGAACCACUUUUCUAAGCAGAGACAAACUCUGUUAUUUUCCGCGACGAUGCCGAAGAAAUUUCAGGACUUCGCGAGAGGCGCUCUCGUUGACUCGAUCACCGUGAACGUGUCGAGAGCGGGUGCGGCGAACCUGGACGUGAUUCAGGAGGUCGAGUACGUCAAGCUAGAGGCGAGAAUUGUUUAUUUGCUAGAAUGCUUGCAAAAGACCGCGCCGCCCGUCGUCGUCUUUUGUGAAAGAAAAGGCGACGUCGACGACGUGCAUGAGUACUUACUGCUGAAGGGGGUCGAAGCUGUCUCAAUACAUGGUGGGAAAGAUCAAGAAGAAAGAAAUGACGCUAUACGACGGUUCAAGGACGGUUCGAAGGAUGUCCUCGUAGCUACCGACGUCGCCGCCAAAGGCCUAGAUUUCCCGGACAUCCAGCACGUGAUUAAUUUCGACAUGCCGUCGGAAAUUGAGAAUUACGUCCACAGAAUUGGGAGGACCGGUAGGUGUGGGAAGACGGGCGUGGCCACGACGUUCAUCAACAAGACCGUGGAGCCCUCCGCUCUCCUAGAUCUGAAGCACUUGUUAGUUGAGGCCAAACAGCGCGUGCCGCCCGUGUUACAGGUUUUGGAUGAACCGGAAGAGCGCGGCGAGGGGUGUGCUUUCUGCGGCGGGCUGGGGCACACGAUCUUGGACUGCCCGAAGCGCGACAAAGAUGCUCGUAGAUUGAAUGCCAACAGAAGGGACAUGCUGAGCGGCACGGGCGGGCCGGGGGGGGACUGGUGACCUAAGUUGUGGCAUCG